GUAGUGGGUUGGUGUUUUUGCGUUUAGUUGCAAAUUGAUAAAUUUAUGUGAACUCAUAUUUCCAAUUGGACUGAAUUGUAAUCGUAUACGAAUCCCUAUAGUGCUUAAUUGCAAUCGAGUCAACGGUAUUCAAAUUAUUGUGUGGAAUUUGAUUCUGCGUCCCUCAUCUCGGCUCUCGUAGUUAUCACAGGGUCUGUGAUCGUAGAGGAUUGUGUCGACUUUCGAUUUCGGUUUGCUGUUUUAUAUUUGCAUAUCUCAUACAUACUAAUUAUCGCAAACGCCAGAAAUAUGGCUUUGGAGAAAUAGCUGCGGCAUUGUGGCGCUCAAUAACACAAAACACGCGCGCAUACACAUAUAUACACGCACACACGGGCGAAUUGUGGUCAAUCGCGCAAAUACAAAUUGGUGAACUGACGGAAAAGACAAUUCUGAGCAAGAACGCUUGGAACGUUGUAGUUGUUGCAUUGUGUUUUAUUUAAAUUGGAAUUUAUUACACUUUUUUUAACAUUUUCUGUCGAACGGAUCGGUCGAUCGUUUGUUUGCGCUGUGCUCAGCAGUUUUCGUUUUUUUAAGGCGACGGGUGCCGCGUUUUAUAAUUCUUUUAAUACAAUUUACUGAAACUAAAAAUAAAACUAACAAUAUAAAAAACACGCAGAAUAAACGUGCCGAUAUUUCAUAUCUUACAAGGUACCACACCAAGUAGUAGCUGAAACCGCGGUGGCAUGAAAGUGGUUAGCGAAAGACCAUUUAAAAAUUAAAAAAAAAAAUUACAUACAUAUUACGUAUAUAUAAAACACACAACUAACUUAGCGAAUAAAUAUAAAGUGAAAACUUAAAUCAAAUAAGACUCAAAUUGAUAUCAAAGUGAGGUUUUUACAACACAACAUGGAUUUAGUUGCAGAAAAUGAGAAUGAGGUGUUAUGCGAGAAAAUUAUUAACGACAUACAAGCGGUAUUUCUCAAGGACCCAGACCUCUCAACAUUUGAAAUCAUACCGACCAUUUUGAAUUGCAAUAAAACGCCUGUAGUGCAUGCCGAACAUCAUCUGGGCCUGGAGUCGUGGUGUGUGAAACAUGUAUACGAUCAUGCGCACAAGGCUAUAAUUGGAUAUCGGCGCCAACAUCAAUCACGCUAUUUGCAACACAGUGAUGUGCUGCUGAAGUAUCUGAAUGUGGCACUGCUAAUUAAUACGGAUGUGGCCACAUUCUGGAAUAUACGCCGCCAAAUGGUGCAGACGAAUCACUUGAAAAUAAAUUGCGAAUUUAAAUUCUCCGCGCUUAUAUUGUCGAAGAAGCCCAAAUCUAGCGAAGCCUUCGCAUAUCGACGCUGGUUGUAUUCGUUUCAGAGUCACGAUGCUAUCGACUGGCCCAGUGAGUUUGGCAUUUGCGACCGUUGUGCCGAUCGCAGCUCAAAUAAUUACCACGCGUGGACGCAUCGCCAGUGGGUGUUACAGAAUGCGCCCGAUCUGAUACGCUCCGAAUUGAUGAUUACGGAAAAGUUCAUGCGUAAACACAUCAGCGACUACAGCAGCUAUCAUUAUCGCCAAGCGCUGAUUGAGCGCGCCUACGAAUUGUGCUACUACGAAUCAAAUGAGCUCGAACAUUUACAUAAUUUGAAAGAUUUGAUCAGCUAUUAUCUGGAAGAUGAUUUGGAAAUACUUAGCACAGCCGAUGUGAUGCAAAUAUUGUUGCCCGGUGUCGAUCGGGCAGCUGUGGGCGAACCACGGCUCAGCUCCUUUCUCUAUUGUUGCAACUUGGCUGCGCAUGAUAUACGUCUGUGUGACGAUCAGAAGAAUAUGUAUGGCGAGCGCGAAUCUUUUGAGAAUCAUAGACGCUCUUCGUUGCGUUUCAUUGUGGAGAAUUGUGUACGUUUGUUGUUGGGCGAAUUGCCCGGUCUGUAUUUGACGCCGCGCACGUAUGGGCAACUGCAGGAGUUCAAUGCAGCGCUGAAGAAGUUCGAUUAUGCCACCAAUGCAUUUUUGUCGGCGCUUAAGCGUUCGGAGGGCCUGCUGGGCAACAGCCAUCGCAAAUGGUGUACAAUUUUUUUGGGCUUUAAUUAUGCGUAGAGUGUGCCUGCGCACUGUUUGCUGCUGAUUUUAGUGAACUCAUUUUCGAGUUUUAGUAGCGAAAACAAGCACAGCAAAGAAACGUUAUCUUUCUAUAUUCAAGGCAAGAAAAUAAAAAUUUGCUGAACGUUUAGUACAUGCCA